UUGUUCUCCCUGCUCCAGGUGUGAUGGACAGGUAGCAGAAGGUUUCACUUUGAUAUCAGGGGAUCAGAAUGACCGAGUGCUUCCUGCCUCCCACGAGCAGCCCCAGUGAACACCGUCGGGUAGAGCACAGUGGGGGUCUUGCUCGUACUCCCAGCUCUGAGGAGAUCAGUCCUACAAAAUUCCCUGGAUUGUACCGCACUGGUGAACCUUCACCACCUCAUGACAGCCUGCAUGAGCCUCCAGAUAUAGUAUCUGAUGAUGAAAAGGAACAUGGGAAGAAGAAAGGAAAAUUCAAGAAGAAAGAAAAAAGAACGGAGGGUUAUGCUGCAUUUCAAGAGGACAGUUCUGGUGAUGAAGCUGAAAGUCCUUCGAAGUUGAAGCGGUCUAAGGGAAUCCAUGUCUUCAAGAAACCCAGCUUUUCCAAAAAAAAGGAAAAGGAUUUUAAAAUAAAAGAGAAGCCCAAAGAUGAAAAACACAAGGAAGACAAACACAAGGAAGACAAACAUAAAGAGAAGAAGUCUAAAGACUUAACUGCAGCAGAUGUUGUAAAACAGUGGAAGGAGAAGAAGAAAAAGAAAAAGCCAAUUCAGGAGACAGAGAUACCUCAAGUGGAUGUUCCAAGUCACAGACCCGUGUUUGGCAUUCCUUUGUCUGAUGCAGUAGACAGGACCAUGAUGUACGACGGCAUCCGCCUGCCAGCAGUGUUCCGUGAAUGUAUCGACUACGUGGAGAAGUAUGGCAUGAAAUGUGAAGGCAUCUACAGAGUUUCAGGAAUAAAGUCGAAGGUUGAUGAGCUAAAAGCAGCCUAUGAUCGAGAGGAAUCUCCUAACCUGGAGGAAUAUGAGCCCAACACAGUUGCCAGUUUGCUGAAGCAGUACCUGCGAGAGCUGCCUGAAAACUUGCUUACCAAAGAGCUGAUGCCUCGCUUUGAGGAUGCUUGUGGGAAGAGCACAGAAGCUGAGAAAGUCCAGGAGCUGCUGAAAGAGUUGCCAGAGUGUAACCAUCUCCUAAUUUCUUGGCUGAUUGUGCACAUGGACCAUGUUAUUGCAAAGGAACUGGAGACAAAAAUGAACAUCCAGAAUAUUUCCAUAGUGCUCAGCCCUACUGUCCAGAUCAGCAACCGUGUCCUGUAUGUGUUUUUCACACACGUUCAAGAGUUCUUUGGGAAUGUGACCCUAAAGCAGGUGACAAAACCUCUUCGCUGGUCAAAUAUGGCAACGAUGCCAGCACUUCCAGAAACACAGGAGAGCAUCAAGGAAGAAAUCAGGCGACAGGAGUUCCUACUGAACUGUUUACACAGAGACUUGCAGGCAGGGAUAAAAGACUUAUCCAAAGAAGAGAGACUCUGGGAGGUGCAAAGAAUCUUAACAGCUCUUAAGAGGAAAUUAAGAGAAGCUAAGAGACAGGAGUGUGAAACAAAGAUUGCACAAGAAAUCGCUAGCCUUUCCAAGGAGGAUGUCUCCAAAGAAGAAAUGAAUGAGAACGAAGAAGUUAUAAAUAUUCUUCUUGCACAGGAGAACGAGAUUUUAACGGAACAGGAAGAGCUGCUGGCCAUGGAGCAGUUUCUGCGGAGACAGAUUGCCUCAGAGAAGGAAGAGAUCGAUCGUCUGCGAGCAGAAAUAGCUGAGAUACAAAGUCGGCAGCAGCAUGGCCGAAGUGAAACCGAGGAAUAUUCUUCUGAGAGCGAAAGUGAGAGUGAAGAUGAGGAGGAACUGCAGGUCAUCCUGGAAGAUUUGCAGAGACAGAAUGAGGAACUGGAGAUAAAGAACAAUCACCUGAACCAAGCGAUUCACGAGGAGCGCGAGGCCAUCAUCGAGCUGCGCGUGCAGCUCCGACUGCUGCAGCGAGCGAAAUCGGAGCAGCAGGUGCAGGAAGAAGAGGAGCCAGAAAAACGUGGGGGUGUUUCUCAGCAGCAAAGAGACAGUGUCCUGGAGACAAAAGCAGCCAAAGAGCAGCCAAAAGCAAGCAAGGAGCAGCAAGUCAAGCCAUCGCCAAGUAAAGACAGGAAGGAAACUCCGAUUUGAUCAGGCUCCUUGGCUAUGCAUAACAUCAAUUGAACUGUGCAAAUUACUGUAAUUUGAGUCAAACUGCACAAAUUAUUGCUGGCUGUGUACAUUCUGUAAAGAAACUUUUCUUUUAAGCCCUGGAGACUUUUGUCUCUGGUACUUGUGGCUUCUACUCAUCAGGCUCAGGUGAGUUUGGAGAAGCCAGAAGAGUUUUCCAGUUAGUAUCAGAUUAUUUCAAGACUGGUUUCCUUCAGGUGAUUUAAAAUAAUUCAGUAACAGUUUUAUUUCACACCAAAAUCAUUAUUUACAUUCAUUGGAGCAGAAUUGGAAGAUCUCAUUGUCAGUAGACAAACAAAAACCCACCCACAUUUACUAAUUAUUUGCCUUGUGAAUCUAUUCAUCCUCAUUCACCAUUACUUCUGCUUAUUAACCUAGUCACUUCUUGCUUGUGCCUUUGAUACCUUUCUGAUGCAGAUUAUAUACAAGGGAGCUUUAAAUUUAUUCUGGGUUGGCUGAAACGGUGGGAGACUGUGGGGUAUCGUGUUUACCUGACAUGCCCUUAAGCUUCAUUUUUGUUCUGAGAUGUACUGAAUAA